AUGGCUAAUGUUGUUGGAUUGGAUUAUUUACCGAUAGAAUUGAUCUAUCGGAUUUUAGAUUGUCUUGAUGUUCAAACUAUUUUUCAUUCAUUACAUGGUGUAUGUCGACGAAUUAAUUACACACUUGGUACUUACAAUCGAUAUAAAUUUAAUUUUCAAUCCAUAUCAAAACAUAAGUUUCAUCUUAUUGGUCGACUUAUUCUACAUGAACAAGUCAUUUCAAUGACACUUUCCGAUGGAAAUGAUACAUCAAAUCAAAUUGACCUCUUUCUCUCAUCUUUUGAUAUCAAGAAAUUUACGAUAUCAUUGAAAUCACUCAAAUAUUUAUCCAUCGAUUGUCGAAGUGAAUGCAAUGCUAAAACACUUCGACUUCUACAGUCUUCUCUCGUUGGGCAUUCGUUGCAAAAACUUUCAUUGUUCUCUUCAUCAUUAUGCGCAGUUUUAACACAGAACAAUACAGUUAAUAUAAAGGAUCUCGUUUUAAAUUCAUGUAUGAUACGUCAAAUUCAACAAAUUCUAUUAUCAUCAACAUCACUUGAAACACUUAUUCUUACCGAUGUAGAAAUCGACGUUGAUGACGAUUUACAAAAUAUUGACUCGUCAUCAAAAUCACCCAAACUAGCCUAUUUAUCGAUCUCUACUUCACAUUUGACAAUGGAAAUGAUUGUAAGCUUCUUAAAUUGGUUAAUGAAAGAUUCACAACAGCUUCGACAUUUAAGAUUAAUCAGCGACGUCGACGAUGAAACUUAUUUUGAUGGAACUCGUUGGGAAUCAUUGCUAUGGACAACAUCACUGACUGCAUUUCAAUUUCAAUUUCGUGCUAAGCUGACAACAGACACGCCAAUCAAACAGAUUCUCUUGCCUUUUCGUAACAAGUUUUGGCUUAAUGAAAAACGUUGGUUCGUUGCUUGUGAUAAGCAUCGACUUGUUGACCAAUCAUUUCUCUAUUCAAUACCGGGGUGUCAUGAACACUUCAUUUGGCGACCAUUGCCAAGUUUCGAAAGUGAAAAUACAUUACCGACUAAUAAUUAUCGAAUUUUCAAUCGAGUCAAUCAUGUUCAUAUCCAACUGAACUGUGCGGUAUACAUUUUUGUUUUCUUCAACUAUCAUUCAAUAAUCGAUUGUUAUCCCUAA